AUUCCAGGGUCUGCUCCUCCGCCUCUGCGUGUCUGCCUGCGGUGUGCGGACUGUGACACGUAAUUCUGUCCGUUUCAUUGCUGUGACAGAGCGAACUUGUCUCAUUGAACCCUGCAAAAAGAGGAGAGUUCACAAAUCCAAUGUCGCCAAGCAGUACCCAGUUUAUUGUUGAUCAUUUGUAAUAUGGAGACGCAGGAGGCGGUGGCAGGUGCUCUUAUGGGCAGUCAUGAAGGAAAACCUGCUGCAAAAACAGACAAAAAAGCUUCACAGAAGGAACAACCCCUAUGCAAAAACAGAAUGGAGCAAAUUUUUGGCUUUACAACAAAGGACUUACAGUCCUGGCAGAGUUUUGUGACCCUCCUGAACCGCCCCAUGGAUCCUGCAUCACUGGGUAUCUUUCGGUUCUUGUUUGGUAUGCUCAUGGCCAUUGACAUCACACAAGAGCGUGGCCUCAGUCACCUGGACUGGAAGUACCUGGAUGGAGCUCCCGUGUGCCGCUUCCCACUCUUUAAUUUUUUGCAGCCACUUCCUCUAGACUGGAUGUACUUUGUAUACCUGGUCAUGUUUUUUGGGGCUGUGGGGAUCAUGCUUGGUUGUUUUUACCGGCUGUCCUGCAUUAUGUUCUUAUCAACAUACUGGUAUAUCUUUUUUCUGGAUAAAACUGCUUGGAACAAUCACUCCUACCUUUAUGGCCUGAUUGGAUUUCAGCUCACUCUAAUGGAUGGCAAUCGUUACUGGUCUUUAGAUGGACUAAGGAAACCUCACAUAAGAAAUGCUCAUGUGCCACUGUGGAACUACACUGUGCUCAGGACGCAGAUUUUUAUUGUUUAUUUCAUUGCUGGAAUCAAAAAGUUGGAUGCUGAUUGGGUGGAGGGAUACUCCAUGUCAUAUCUGGCUCACCACUGGCUUUUUGACCCUUUUAAACUUAUUCUUCCAGUCGAGUUAGUGAGCCUGCUUGUGGUGCAUGGAGGCGGCCUCAUUUUGGAUUUGACAGCAGGCUACCUACUUUUCUUUGACGUAACAAGACCUUAUGCUUUUUUCUUUGUCUCCUAUUUUCACUGUAUGAACUCUCAACUUUUUAGUAUUGGAAUGUUCCCGUACACAAUGCUGGCCACUAGUCCACUUUUCUGCUACACCGAUUGGCCAAGGAGAUUGUUUACACAUUUCCCAGACUUUCUCAAGCCUGUCCUGCCAUUUAGCUCACUAGACAUUAAGUCCAGCGCUUCAUGUGUGUAUGAUGAGGUACAGAGCAGCACUGAAGGUCAGGGGACUGCACCUGUUAAAAAAUCCUUCAAACUAAGACACAAGCUGGGAGCAAUUUUCACCAUCGCUUACAUCAUGGAGCAACUUUUCAUGCCAUAUUCCCAUUUUAUAACACAGGGUUAUAAUAACUGGACAAAUGGCUUGUAUGGCUACUCCUGGGAUAUGAUGGUUCAUGCCCGCACCCAUCAACAUGUGAAGAUCACCUACAAAGAUGGAAAAACAGGAGAAAUUGGAUAUUUAAACCCAGGGGUGUUCACCCAAAGCCGCCGCUGGAAAGAUCACGGAGACAUGUUAAAGCAGUAUGCUACCUGCCUAAAUCAACUGCUUCCACGUUAUAACAUCACUGAUCCUGAAAUUUAUUUCGACAUCUGGGUGUCAAUCAAUGAUCGUUUUCAACAAAGGAUCUUUGACCCCCGUGUGGAUAUUGUGAAAGCAGACUGGUCACCUUUCCGGCAAAACCCAUGGCUGAUGCCUCUCCUUGUUGAUCUUUCACCUUGGAGGACCAAAUUUCAGGAGAUAGAGGGGACUUUGGAUAACCAAACUGAAAUCGUCUUUAUCGCUGAUUUUCCAGGUCUUCACUUAGAAAACUUUGUGAGUGAGGAUCUUGGAAACACGAGCAUCCAGAUUUUGCAGGGUCAAGUCAAUAUUGAGAUAGUCGAGGAGAAAAAGAACUACACUCUAAAAAAGGGGGAGCAGACACAAGUACCUGCAGGAGCCUACCAUAAAGUGUACACCAUUUCUGAUGGCCCCUCAUGCUAUAUGUACAUUUACGUCAACACCACAGAGGCUGCACUUCAGAAAAACUUCACCAAGCUUCUAGAAAUUCAGGAACGAGUUCGCAAUGGGACAGAAACAGAACCACUUUCCCCUGAGCUGCAGCCUCUCCUUGCUGUAGAUGAAGGAUCAGAGGUCAAUGCCACAGACCCAGUAGUACGACUCUUUCUGAAGAGACAGCGGCGUAUGAAAGAAGUGAAGAAGCGAAGAGAGGCGGGUAUAUUAGAGAGAUUUGACCGAUUUGUGACCAAAAAAUACUACACAAUUAGAAGAGGAUUUUUAAUGACGGCAAUUGCUAUGCGAAAUCUGGCUGUGGGUCUUCCCCCAGUGGAACAGCUUACCAGAGAAGUUGCCUAUGCCAACAUGAGGGGGCCCCAAAAUGAGGGUCACCAGGAUGAAGCUCUUAAAGAUGAAGUUGGUCAUAGUGAACUCUAAAAGUGGGCCAUAGUUGUACAGGUUGCACAGGAGCUGCCUCACAUAUCAAUUUCAACUACUGUUGGACUGUUACUGCUCUGGGACUUUUAAAGAACUAAUUUUAUGACAUUUCUAUUUUUUUAAGCUUGAUUUUUAUAUUCAGAAUUCUAAAUAUUUUGGCUGUGAGAAUGUGUAGAUUGGGCCAUUUAGUGUUUAUAUUACGACAGAUGCUGAAGGUUUAAUUAGUGAUGUGUUUACCCACAUGCUUUAAAGAAAUUAGCCUGUUCUUUGUAUAAUUAUUUGCCAUACAUUCUGAUGUAAAUGUUUUAUGCAUUUUUAUCUAUGGUACAAACAAAAUAAAUAUGAAUAAAUGAGUUAAUUCAAUACAUG